GCCCACCCGCGCGCACUGAUACGCUUCCCGAAGCGCCUGGAUCGAACGGAAUCGCAGCAGCAGCCUCUCACAGCCAAUCAAUAGAUGAAACCCGCAAAAUCUCAAUUGAGAGUUGCUAUUUUGGGGAGAGCCGCCUUUAAUUGUGGCAGCUGAGUUUGUUUACCCUUAUUCUCAAAAUAACACGCGCUGAAACAGAACGAAGAGAAAGUAUAGCGAUCUUCUGUCCCUGAGUGGAGGAAGGGUUAUUUGAAUGGGAUUUGUCCGUCGAUUUUUGUCUUUUGUGAUUUUUUGGUUUGGGGGUUGCCUGUCAGCUUUGGUUCUUGUCUUGCUCCAGGCUAGAUCCCCGGAUGGUUCGGUAGACGACAUCAAUGGCGUUUCGGGGGACUCCAGUGAACCUGAUAGCCUCUCACCUGAGAAGCAAGCCAUCAUCGGGGCCGUUGUAGGAGGGGUCGCUGUGAUUGCAAUCACGGCAGGGAUUCUCUUCUUCCUCAUUAAAAAGCACAGAUGGGAUCAAAUCCGACAACGCGAAAAAGCCUUGUUGGCCCUUCAUGCACCUCCACCGGCAUACGAUAGCAGUGACACAAGCAAUAGCUCGAGGUCUUCACGAAAACCCUUUCCUUCUCCUCUCCUUCCUCCUGUUCCUGUUCCUACUCCUGCGCGCCCAGCGUCUGUAUCCAUUCCAACUUCGUAUCAAUGUCACGUCAGCAGAGACAUAGAAGAGCAAUUACCAGCGUACGACGCCCCAUCGAUACCAGUAUAUGACCCCUCGAGAUAUCAGCAACAGCAGCAACAACCGUUCCGUCCUACCUCGACCGUCACGUUAAAUAGCGGUCCCCUGCACUAUUUUACCGGCGACACCCUGUACAGACAGAGGUCUUCGCAACUAUCAGUGCCAUUCCAAGGUCAUCGACAUACCAUUCAAAGUGUACCAGCAUUGUAUAUCGGGAGUCAAGAAUCAGGAACUGGAGUACCAGCGUCGAAUUCCUCGUCUGCUCCAGUUGGCGGUAAUGGGAUGGGUAUUAAGGCGUUUGGGAUCUCUUUUAUGAAUGGAUAUUGGGUGGCUUCUAUUCUUUUCUUUGGUAAAAGCAAGAACAGUUGUCAAUAUGAAUGAAAGGACAAGUUCUGUCGAUUGUGUAGAAAGACCAGUCACAUGAUCCACUUGUUCUCUUCCUUCACUUAUCCUUAUUCUUCUCACUCGGGUCAACUAAGGCCCUCUUCAAAUUCCGACACAAUGUUACCGUGUCUCCGAAUAUCUUAUUAACUGGGCAUGAGAUCACGA